AUGUCUCUUCAAGCAAUGAAGGCAUACUUAUCUGAUUUACUUUGUACAGUGAUGUCAGAAGUAAUUCGCCCUUUUGUUAGUUCUGACAAACAAAACGAAAUCAAAUUUUCUAAAUACGUGGAAAAGACAUAUAUUCCUUACCUCAAUUCAUAUAUGUAUGAUGUUAACCUUCCACAAUACAUCAUCAAUUAUUUAAAAACCAAAGCAAAAGAAGUCGAAGAAUAUAAAGGAGUUGAACUUCACUAUUUAAUCUUCGUAAUUCUCACAAGAGGAAUCGAAUUUAAUGAAACAGAUUUUGAUCUAAUCGCGCAAGGCGCAAUUUAUAUAAUCCUCAUUUGUCCCUUUCCUCAUUCAUUCGGUUAUGAUUAUGAAACUGUUAUUGAGCUCGGAUUAAUUAUAGAGAAAUUAAUAUUACCAUAUCUUAUUAAGCAUAAAGCACCAUAUCAAAUCAUUAUGUUUUUGAGUGGAUUUUCAAAAUAUAUUCAGUUCGAAGAUGAUUUUCGUAUUGGGUUUUUCCCUGGACCUGACGGUCAUAGAAUUAUGACUCGAUACUCAGAUUUAGACAAUUUCAAUCCAGUGAAAGAGGAAAUAAAACAAAAUUGCAAAAAAUUAUGCUAUAAUAUGCUAAUUAAAAAUUACAAUUGA